AUGGAUCAUAUGACCACAUCCAUGAGGUUGGGCAAGAAGUGGAGUCACAUGACUGAGAGGAUAUUGGACCUCACCCUGGAGAUCAUCUACCUGCUGACCGGAGAGGAUUAUGAAUUGGUGAAGAAGACAUCUAAUGAGAGCCUUCCAUCCAGCACCCAUCUCCAGAUAUCAUACCACUUCACUCCCUGAUACCUGAGAGGAACAAAAGGAAUAUUCUAGAACUCAUCAGCAAAAUCACUGAACUGCUGAUGGGGGAGAAUGAAGAACCGAUGUAUAUGAAAGUUGAAGUUAAAGAGGAAGAAGAGGAGACAUAUGUGAUGGAUUGUAAGCAGUCUACAGAGAAGGUCAAGAUGAUGGUGGCAACCAAACUGGAGGAACCUUCUCUAGAUCGCAGCACAGAUGAAUCCAGUCAUGGGAACCCACCAGAGAGAUGUCCCCGUCCUCCGUAUUCCCGGGAUUCCACACAGGAAGAUCACACCAUCUCUCACCAUCAUCAGGUAGAUGGAUCCAGUCAUGGGAACCCACCAGAGAGAUGUUCCCGUCCGCCCUAUUCCCUGGAUUCUACACAGGAAGAUCGUACCAUCCCUCACCAUCAUCAGGAUGAAGAACAAAUUUAUAUAGAAGUUGAGGUUAAAGAGGAAGAAGAAGAGAUGUAUGUGAGUUGUGAUCUUCAGUCUACAGGGGAGCCAGGAAUGAUGGUGGCAAGUGAACAUCAGGAGUCCUCUCUAGGUGGAGGUGGAGUCUGUAAUACCUCAGAGGAUCAUAAAGCAUCCCUGUGUUCUGAAAACAAUUACUUUCCUAUACUGGAAUCAUCUCCUGCUGUAGACCAGAGGAGCGACACCAACAAGCUUCCAUCUCUAAGUUCAGAGGACAGGAAAUGUUUUACAAGGAAAAAAGAUUUUGUUGGACAACAGGGAAUUCACAAAGACAAGGCUUUUUUCUCGUGUUUAGAGUGCGGGAAAUGUUUUAUCAAAAAAGAGAGCCUUGUCAUACACCAGAGAAAUCACACGGGCGAACGUCCUUUUUCCUGUCCAGAGUGCGGGAAAAGCUUCACUCGGAAGCAAUAUCUUCUUAGACAUCGGAAGACUCACACAAGCGAGCGUCCUUUUCAGUGCCCAGAGUGCAGGAAAGGUUUUAUUGAGAAAGGGGACCUUUUUCGACACCAAAAGAUUCACACGGGGGAACACCCUUUUUCCUGUCCGGAAUGCGGGAAAUCUUUUAUUCAGAAAGGAGACUUUAAUAGACACCUGAGAAUUCACACAGGCGAACACCUUUAUUCAUGUCCUGAGUGCGGGAAACGUUUCACUGAGCUAAGACUCCUUCUGAGACACCAGAUAAUUCACACGGGAGAGCGUCCUUUUUCCUGCGCAGAUUGCGGGAGUAGUUUUAAUCAAAAGGGAAGCCUUCUUAGACACCAGAGAAUUCACAAGGGCGAGAGACCUUUUCCGUGUUCAGAGUGCGGGAAAUGUUUCUCUCAGAAAUCAGACCUUCGGAAACACCAGAGGAUUCACUGA